AUGAUAUCUACUGCUUUGGUGACCUCACACCUGUUGGCAUUACUAUUACCGCUCAUACUACUAUCUCCCAUCAACACACACGCCGCACCUGAACCAGCGGCAUUGGUCGCCCUACCGCAAUACACCACCACCACCUCCAACAACAAAAAGUAUACACCACCCCAGCCAGAACUGGAUCAUGAUGUUUUGCCGUUCGUAAUCAUAUCGACGAUUGAUGGGGGUCUGCAUGCUGUAGAGAGGAAUACAGGGAAGAUCAAGUGGUCCAUCAAAGACGGUGUAGAACCCCUGGUAGGAGGUGGGAUAAGAGGUAAAGGGAAUGAUGAGGAGUAUAUUGUCGAACCUCUCAGUGGGAGCUUGUAUGUCUUCGAAGAUGAGAAUGGCGAAGGUAUGACUAGUUCAGCAGAGACAAAGGAAGGUCAGACUCCGAAAAUUAGGAAACUACCCCUUUCAGUGGAGCAACUUAUCGAGCUAUCACCAUUCACUUUUCCCCAUUCGCCCAGUCGGAUCUUUACAGGUUCAAAGCAUACUUCGCUUCUGACAUUGGACUUGCGUACGGGUCAGCAACUAGACUGCUUCAAUUCCUUCGGCACGAAUCAGUCACAUUGUAUAUGUGAGAAUGAAGAGCUGUUGGAUGACUUGGAAGGUAAAAGCAGAUCAAAUAGGGAUUUGUUAUUCGUCGGAAGAACGGAUUACAAGUUGACUAUUCAUUCACCUCCAAUUGCUUCUUCUUAUGGCGGGCUUUCACCUUCAACCUCAACUUCGACGAUCUAUCAAACUGCUGCGGAAGCGAAGAGGAAUGCAGGAGCUCAGGAAAUCACCUACUCGACGUAUACUCCAAAUAGUUAUGAUAGACCUUUGGCGGAUUAUUGGGUGAAAAACGGUUUGGCAGAGCAAGGUUGGGGUGAUGAAGGAGGUGAGAAGAGGACACGAGUAGAAUUGGCUUAUGAUGGUGAUGCGGUCGGAGUGGAGAAUGGGAACGGUGUGAAAUGGGUCACAAGAUUGAAUAGUAUCGGAAUCGCCGUGUAUGACGUCUUACUACCACUCGAUUCACCAUCGGCCAACCCUAUACUCGUGCCUCAACCACCACCUCAUUUGCCCACAUUGUUCCCACCGACUUCUAGACCAUAUCAGCAUUUCAUCGAUAUCGCCAAGAAACCUCAAUCGACAUAUAUCGGUUCAAUUCCUCUCCAACUCGCUUUACCUCCCUCCUCGGAGAACGUUUCUGAGCCCUUAUCCGAUGACAAGCGCAAGCCAUUAUUAUACGCACUUUCAUCAUCCGCCUACCCACUCAUCAACUUUGCUCCUCCACCUCGUCCUGGUAGUCUCACCAAUGGCUCAUUCCUUCUCACAGAGGAUUUACCAGAGAAAGACCAACUCUUGCCGUACCUCAUCGAUCCUCCUACAGAGGAUAAAGCGUUAGUACUAGCCCAACAGUCUACAUUGCCCAUGUCGAAUAUCCGAGAAAGAGAGAUACCCCGUCGAGGAUGGUUUUGGUGGAUAUUGAGUACAAUAGGAACGUUACUUAUCAUCUGCGGUAUCGCUUUGACUCAAUUCGCGAGAUCGCCUAGAGUCAAACAGAGCUCUUCACCUGCCGACGAGAAAACUCCCUUACUCAUCACACCUUCUUCGGAAGAGUCGACAUCUGAGGCUAGAACAGGAUCGGCGAAAGUAGAAGAAAAAUCUCUCCCUGGGGAUAUAGCUACACCGCCGACUCUAGCUCCUCCAGUUGAGAGUGAGGAGGUAGCUACACCCAAGAAAAAAUCAACAAGGAGGAGAGUAAGAGGGAAGAAGAAAAGAAGAGAUUCAUCUGCCGCUAUACUCGAAGAAGGUGGUGAGGAUGAUGAAGAAGAUAAAGAAGGUUCAGGGUCGGGUGUAUCACCUAAAAAGGAUGAUGAGAAGCCCUUACCUGACUUACCUAGGGAAAUGUCUUCUACGGAUUUAUUAGAUCAGGAGGAUAAAGAGAGAUUAUCGAUAUCUGAUACUAUAAUAGGUUUUGGAUCGCACGGUACGGUCGUGUUGAAGGGUACAUGGGGAGGAAGGCCUGUAGCUGUUAAACGAUUGUUAAGCGAUUUUACUAGAUUGGCAAGUCAGGAAGUCAAAUUGUUACAAGCGAGUGAUGAUCAUCCAAAUGUGAUACGAUACUAUUGUCAAGAGAAACGAGACAAUUUCCUGUAUAUAGCAUUGGAUCUAUGUCAAGCUUCUCUAGCGGAUCUGAUUGAGACUCCAGAUAAGCAUCUCGAUUUGGCUUCUUCGUUAGAUAGGAAGAAGGCCCUGACGCAAAUAACGGCGGGACUAAAACAUUUACAUGGGAUGAAAAUCAUACAUAGGGAUAUAAAACCCCAGAACGUCCUAGUCUCUAGGGGUAAAGAUGGAGCUUUGAGGAUGUUAGUUUCCGAUUUCGGCUUGGCCCGUCGACUAGAUCAAGGCCAAUCGUCUUUCGCUCCCACAGCUAAUAAUCUUGCUGGAUCCCUUGGAUGGAGAGCACCAGAAUGUAUUAGGGGACAAGUGAAACUCAACGAGGGAGUAACAUUCGAUCCAAACUCUACGUUCUCUUCAUCGUCAUCAUCUACACAUUCAAUGUUAGAUGAAAUGGAAGAACCUAGAGAUAAGGAUAAAGAUAAGAAUAACAGAUUGACAAAAGCCGUUGAUCUGUUCGCCCUUGGAUGUUUGUACUUCUGGGUGUUGAUGUCUGGACAACAUCCCUAUGGGGAGACAUACAAUCGGGAGAGUAACAUUGUAAAAGGGGAUAUGGUGAAUAUAGGUGAUUUGGAUGUAUUGGGAGAAGAAGGUGAAGAAGCGAAAGAGUUGAUAAGUAGAUUGUUAAGUAUGGAACCUGGUUCAAGACCGGAUACUUCGGAAUGUCUCAUUCAUCCAUUUUUCUGGACGCCAGGCAAACGAUUGAGCUUCCUAUGUGAUGCGUCGGACAGAUUCGAAAUUAUGGAGAAUGAUCCACCUGAAGCUACCUUGGUACUAUUAGAGACCAACGCCAGUGAAGUGGUGGGGAAAGAUUGGUAUUCGAAAUUGGAUAAGACAUUUACGAGCACUUUGGGGAAAUAUAGGAAAUAUAAAGGUGCUAGUGUUAGGGAUCUGUUAAGAGCUUUAAGAAAUAAGAAACACCAUUAUCAAGAUCUUGAACCUUCCGUCAAACGUCAUAUGGGUUCAUUACCCAAUGGAUUCUUACAUUAUUUCACCUCACGAUACCCUAAAUUGUUCUUACAUGUUCAUGGUGUGGUGAAGGAAAGUAUGUUAAGGCAUGAGUCGAUGUUUGAAGGUUAUUUCCAAGAGGGAAAUCAAUAA